AUGGUGCAGUUGGACAGUGGCAGGGUCACAGAUGUGUUUGUGCCCCGGGUGUUCAUCACCGGAAACCUCGACCUGAAGAAGACUCUUUCCUACCUGGGCAUCACCAGAAUCUUUGAGGAACACGGUGAUCUCACCAGAAUCUCCCGUCAUCGAAGCCUGAAAGUGGACGUCUCUUCUCUCUUUGUGCUGGCCAAGUAGGAGAAGCGCUUUAACCCUGCAUACACAAGUCAAAGCUUCCCAUUCCUGGUGGGCAAGAGGACCAAUGUACAUGUUCCAAUGAUGCACCAGGCGGAACAAGUUGGUUUUGGGGUGAAUCCAGAGCUGAACUACUCUGUGCUGCAGACGGACUACAGCAGAGACACUGUGGCCUUCUUUGUCCUCCCUGGCAAGGGCAAGAUGAGGCAGCUGGGACACGCCUCGUCAGCCAGGACACUGAAGUGGAGCCGCUCACUCCAGAAGAGGUGCUUAGAGGUGUUCAUUCCAAAAUUUUCCAUUUCCUCCUCCUGUAACCUGGAUAUCCUCCCCAAGAUGGGCAUCUGGGAUGCCCUUGACAAAGAUGCUGAUUUUUCUGGAAUCACAAAGAAAGACUUCCUUCAAGUUUCCAAAGUGGCUCACGAGGCUGUGCUGGACGUCAGAGAGGAGGGGACCCAGGCUGCAGCAGCCACCGUCACCAAACUCAGAGUCCAGUCCAUCCCUUCUUACUCCACCAUCUGUUUCAAUAGGUCCUUCAUGCCGCUGAUUAUAAACAAAGCCACACAGACCACGUUCUUCCUCGGGAAAUUUGGGAACCCCACUGAGUUCUAG